CGGCGGCGAGGGCGGUUGCGCCGAGGGGAGCCCUCAGAGGAGCUCGGCCCGGGCCAAGCGGCCUUCCGCGGCGGGAGCGGUGCGGGUGCCCGGUGCCUGACCCCGCGCCUGGCUGCGGGUCGGCGCUGCCGAGGCCGCUCCGGCGCCCGUUCAGCGGCGGCAGGGCCGAGCCCGCGUUCCCCGGGCAGAUCCCGCAGGCGCUCGGUCCCUGCGAGCCCAGGAGGGCCGUUCCCGGGAGCGCGGCGCCGUCCGGGAGCGUGAGCCGUGAGAAGCCCCGAGGAACUGAAUUUCUCUCACUGAGGUUCCUUCACUUCCAGUAUGGAGAUGAAUCGAGAAAAGCUGUGUACCAGUAAGGCUGAUGUGAGCUCAGAUUCUUCUUAUCAUUGCUCAACAUGUCAUGACGAUGAGGAGUGGAGCAAUACUAGCCGGGGACGAGCUAAGUCACGAAGUUUGUCUGCUUCACCGGCCCUAGGAAGCACCAAAGAAUUCCGGAGAACACGCUCUUUGCACGGACCAUGCCCAGUGACCACAUUUGGACCAAAGGCCUGUAUGCUGCAGAAUCCCAAGACGAUUAUGCACAUUCAGGAUCCAGCAAGCCAGCGGUUGACGUGGAACAAACGUCCCAAGAGUGUCCUUGUUAUUAAAAAGAUCCGUGAUGCCAGUCUGCUGCAGCCUUUUAAGGAGCUUUGUGUGCAUCUUACUGAGGAGAACAAUAUGAUAGUGUACGUAGAAAAAAAAGUAUUGGAAGACCCGGCUAUAGCUAAUGAUGAUAACUUUGGACCAGUGAAGAAGAAGUUUUGCACCUUCAGAGAAGAUUAUGAUGAUAUCUCCAAUCAGAUUGACUUUAUCAUAUGCCUGGGAGGAGAUGGGACCUUACUUUAUGCUUCUUCACUUUUCCAGGGUAGUGUCCCUCCAGUUAUGGCUUUUCAUCUGGGAUCCCUUGGAUUUCUUACUCCAUUUAAUUUUGAGAAUUUUCAGUCCCAAGUCACUCAGGUUAUAGAAGGCAAUGCAGCACUUGUUCUGCGAAGCAGGCUGAAAGUGAAAGUAGUAAAGGAGCACAGAGAGAAAAUGACGGUACAAAAUGGCAUAGAGGAAAAUGGAGUGGUGUCUGCUAAUAUAGAGAAGGAAAUGGGCAAGCAAGUUAUGCAAUAUCAGGUCCUGAAUGAAGUUGUGGUGGAUCGUGGUCCUUCUUCUUACCUUUCCAAUGUAGAUGUCUUUCUAGAUGGCCACUUGAUAACAACAGUGCAGGGAGAUGGAGUCAUUGUCUCCACGCCGACUGGUAGCACUGCGUAUGCAGCCGCAGCAGGAGCCUCCAUGAUUCAUCCAAACGUUCCUGCAAUAAUGAUCACCCCAAUCUGCCCUCACUCGUUGUCUUUCAGACCCAUUGUUGUUCCUGCUGGAGUGGAACUCAAGAUUAUGCUCUCCCCGGAUGCCAGGAAUACAGCAUGGGUUUCAUUUGAUGGAAGGAAGAGGCAGGAAAUAUGCCAUGGAGACAGUAUUAGCAUCACUACCUCUUGCUAUCCCCUUCCUUCGAUCUGUUUCCGAGACCCUGUGAGCGACUGGUUUGAGAGCUUGGCUGAGUGUUUACACUGGAAUGUUCGCAAGAAGCAAAAUAACUUUGCUGUUGAAGAAGAAGAAUUUUGAGUGUCUACAUCUAACAAGACUCAUGGGAAUGGGAAGUGGCAGUAUCCCUUCUAUAUGCUUGGAUUGUUCAGGUUUUGGUUCACAAGUAUGGUCACCAUCUCAGGCACAUACAAUGGUUGUGGUUUAUAUCUGUGUGAUGGCGGGAAGCUAUGUCCACCAAGAGAAGGAAUGAAAGCAAUUAGGCUCUGAUGGUAGUAAUCCAGUGUGAAUUUCCUUCAAAUGAACAGUCUGAAAAUGGAUUCUUUCUGAUUGGUAUUGACAACUGCAUCUGCAGAUUUGAUUAUAACCUAUAACUUGCCAACAACAUGGUAGGCUGAAUGUAGAUACAGAAAAGUGGCAUUAAAAGAUUCUCUUUGAUUUGGUAUAUUUGUACUUCCAUUUAAGACUGCUAUGCAUAUAAAGUCUCCCAGCUAUUUUCUUUAAGAAAGAAAAGCUCCUCUUUGUUAGCUUAAAUACAUCUUGCUCAGAACAAGACAGUGCUUCAAGUACUUUCUCCUUGCCUGCGAACGCGACACGCUGUGAGGAAAUACCCACGAGGGAUGGUUUGUAUUAGUAGAUGGGAAGAAGUCUGAAAAAGUAAAACUUUAUUAAUAUAUGCAUAAUACAUCUUCUGCCCAUUUGAACAGUGUUUGACCCUUGACUGUCAUCACUGUGUGAAUGUCCACAAAUAGCAUAGACAAGUAUGAAUUGGUUACGACAGCAAUGUUUGCUUCUGUAGCUGAGCUGCUUUGUAGCUCUGCAGUUGCUGCUGGUGGCAAUCAUCAGUGGGCUUUCUUACUAUGAUUUGCAUUUCAUUCUGUGGAAUAAAUGGGGGCAUCAGAGACCAGAAAGUACAAAACAAAAAGACUUCUCCAAGUGUUGGAGAAGAAUCUGGACUUGAAUUACUCUAGUCCCACUGUUGUCUCAAAAGAAUAUCCUGUACUGGGCACUGAAUGCCCUCAACUUCCAUAGAUAGCUUCCAACUCUUGGUGCUGAGAGGGAUACUGCAUUGGUGGGCUGACAAACGAGAGGACACAUUCCCAGUAGAGUAGCAAUGGUGCCUUCAGCACACUCAAGAUAUUCUAAGUCUGGUAGUUACUUUUUUAAGAUGCUUUCAACUGUUUCUAACUUCUCUGUGUACAUAUUUUAUUGUAUGUGCUUUUAUGAAAGAAAAAAGGCAAAAACAGAAACCAACAAAAGAGCUAGUUGGGAAAAAAGGGUUUGUACUGUACUUUACCUGAAAAAUAUCAAACCCAAGUAUAAUGUUUACAUUUAUGUUCUCUGUGGUGCAGUCUCAUGAUCACAUUACCCAAACUUCAGCAUCUUCAAAGUCUUGCUGCAUUGGCCACUAAAGGAAUGGACAUUAUCUGUUAAAUUUAAGCCUAUGGCAUAACCUUGUGGAGGAAUUAAUUGGUUGACUAAGGUGGGAUUUCCUUGGAAGUGGAGUGAGACGCUCUGGUGAACUGCUCGUGAUUGUCUUACGUUGUUUAUGUGGUCCAAAGGGGUAAUGGGAAAUGUUUCACUUCUGAACGCUGCCUAACCUGCUCUCCUCUGAUGAUUUCAAUGAUGUCUCUUCCAUUUUGGAUGCUGCCCUAGUCUGUCUAAUUUUCUUAAGUCCAGGUGAGAGCACUUUGUCCAGAAAAGAGAAGCAAACUCUUGGCUAACGAUACGAAUCACAAUGAGAAUGUGUUGGUGUAAAUUAACACUCGCUUUGUACAUUUUGUAACAUAGAAUAUUGGUUUGAUUUGGGCUACAAAGAUGAAUUUUGUGGAUUCUUAGAGAAUAUCCAGAUAGCUUUUGGGAUUUAUCUUUCACUUGAAUCUGCAGUAAUUGUUUUAGCACUGUUUUGAAGCUGCUUACGGGUUUCCUAGGUGGAGUAUUCAGUUAUUUAAUAACUGUUUACCUUUUGAACUGUAGAAGUGUGGGGACUUUUGCUUUGAAACUAUUUUAUUUAAACAUGCAAUAACUGAGGAAAAGGAACAGGGUAUAGUGGCUCUAUAAAUGUAUUGCUGAGUGGAAUACAAGCAGAGUACUAGGCACGCUAGGAAGUGGAAAUCGUUUUGCAAGGGUGAGGCGAAAUGAUUAAUGAGCCUUAUCUAGUAUUUUUUUAAAGAUAAAACUAUAUUCAGCACUUUUUAUUUAUGCUUUUUAUAAUAGUAAAGGAAUUAUUGAAUAAAUUGCUGAACUUUAAUUUUCAGAGUGUGUAUCAUGACAUCUGUAGCCAAAACUUAACUACUUUCUCUAGAUUAGAUCCAGACCCAGAUUAGGAGUUGCCUUUGAAUUUAUCACACGCUGCAAUUACAUCACUGGCUUUGAGGCUGCUGCAGUUUUGCCUGUACAACUAUUCCUGCUUGAUAACAAUCUGAUUUGGAUCACUGGUCAGCCAAGCAGAGAGCUACAGUCACUGACUAAAGGAAAGGAAGUCACAGGAUGAUGUGAGUCUUUGCUUUUUCUUCGAGAAGCUGUGUUGGUGAUAAUUGUACCAGCUGCUUUAUAUCAAACACAACCCACAUUCUGUGACUACACUACAAAUUAUCUGACUGUACAAAGUUCCUUUUCAAGGCCUUUAAUCCACACAGCAGCAGUUCCCAAGCAGGCAAGUGAGGUUUCAACAGCACUCAAGUUUUGCUUAUGUAACUGCUUAAAGUGUGGAUAACUUCUGUUCAACGCACAGCUGAACCAGAGAAAGGCUGUAAUGCAGACUGGGCUAUAUUGGCAAUACCAGCUCACCUUGCUGAUGUAGCUUACUCACAGUAACUUGUUUAAACUGCACUGGUAAAAUAGGUCUUUGCUGAUUAAGGGCGGUGUGUCUUCACGUAAGGAUUUGUUAAUGUCACUGUACCUGCAAAUCCUUUCCAGUCUCCAAAGGGCCCAAAUGGAAGCUUGGAACUGAAUUUGGGUGUUUCAGAAGUUGUUCUCUAGUAGAGAGUUUAAGGAGUUACAACUGCUGUGGUGUGGAAUAAAGCAGCGUACUGAGUUUUCAAGAGGAAAAAUCCUGUUACAUAUUGUUAAUGCUUUGAAAACUUGUUUGGAAUAUUGUUGAAAACAAAUAUUUUUCAAUCCUUUCAAUAAAAUCUUUUUGUAAAGUUGGA